UACAAUAGUUUUUUUKAUGUUUUUAUUGUGUAUGUAUUCAAUGAUCUAUACUAUCACUACAGUAGCUAUCGAUACAUUCAUAUUACAGUACUUUGGAGUUUACUGACUGACACUCAGUUACUGUACAUUAUUAGCGAUAAGACAACUACUUUUUCAUACAGUAAUCGCCAUUAAGUAUAUAAUAAUUUCAUUAUGAAAAUAAUUUGACACUUUUAUAGUCACAAUCGUUAAUUAUUUGAGAUAAAAAUUUCAUUUUUUAAAAAUAAAACUUAAUAUUAAUACAAGUGUUUGGUUAAAACAAACGAAAUGAUGGCUAAAGAAGUAGUGCUUAAAUAUUUGCAGUUUUUUAAAAUCAUAGACAAGACUAUAAACUUUCAAAGAGUUAUAUCAAAGACUAAAAAUUUGACAGAAUUUGCAAAAUAUGGCAAUAAGUCGGUUAUAUUAUCAACAAUUUUGUCAAAAUAUAGAAAUAUUGAAUUUACCCGACAAUUGAUGUCAAUUGCCAUAACAUUUCCAUUUGUGGUGAAGGCGUGGGGCAGUCGUGACCACAAACUCGAAGAGAAACAAAUCUUAGAAGAAAUGGAUCGAUUGUUUGAUGAGAAUGAGUUCGACAAACUCUAUGAGAUAUUGAAAUCACAGCCCUCUUGGUAUGACAAUCACGAUGUCUUGUGGCGAGUGGCCAGAUGUGAGUUUCAUUUGAGUAAAAGAGAGACUAAUAAUAGUAAAGAUGCGAUUGUUUUGCUCGAAGAAGCGCACAGACAUGUCAUCAAAGCAAUUGAAUUGUGCGAUGAGUGCGGACCCGCUCAUAAGUGGGCCGCAAUCUUAUUGAACGCCGUGUCUUCAGCUAAGGGCACGCGAGAGAAAAUACAACAAGUAUUGAAUGUUAGGACACAUAUGGAGAAAGCCAUCAAAUACUCACCCAAUGAUCCCACCGCUCAUUAUUUGUUAGGAGAGUGGCAUUACUCUUGUAAUCAAGUUUCAUGGAUUGAAAGAAAAGUGGCCGCUGCUAUAUACGGGUCACUGCCUGAGGCUAAUCUCGAAGUUGGUCUUCAGGCUCUUGAAAAAGCCGAAGAGCUCGACAGUGACUUCUACUCAAAAAACAAAGUUUUGAUUGCGAAGACUUUGAUUGCUUUGAAUCGCGACACCAAUCGGGCAAAGAGUUUGAUGAUUGCAGUGAUCGGCAAAUAUAAGAACUCCAAGAAAUGGGAUGACAUUGAAGCUGUCAAAGAAGCCAAAGAAGAACUCAAUAAACUUGGGGUCAAAGUCACUGAAAUUAAUGUUAAUAACUAAUAAUUUAUAUAAAUUUAUUUAAUGCCAUA